CCUCUUCCUCUAGCCGCAUCUCCAGUGAAGCCACAGCUCUCCACUCUCGGUCUGACCCGCGUCUCGAUCGGCGCUGCACAGAAAGAAUGGCGACCAAGGUGGUGGACCUCCGCUCCGACACGGUGACCAAGCCCUCGGAGGCCAUGCGCGCCGCCAUGGCCGCGGCGGACGUGGAGGACGACAUCCUGGGCUCGGACCCGACCGCGCGCCGCUUCGAGGCGGAGAUGGCCCGGAUCAUGGGCAAGGAGGCCGCGCUGUUCGUGCCGUCGGGCACCAUGGCCAACCUCAUAUCCGUCCUCGCGCACUGCGACACGAGGGGCAGCGAGGCCAUCCUCGGCGACAACUCACACAUCCACGUCUACGAGCACGGCGGCAUCUCCACCCUCGGCGGCGUCCACCCCAGGAUCGUCGCCAACAACGCCGACGGCACCAUGGACAUCGACAAGAUCGUUGCCGCCAUCAGGAGUCCGGAUGGGUCACUGUACUAUCCCACCACCAGGCUCAUCUGCUUGGAGAACACACAGGGAAAUUGCGGCGGGAAGUGUCUUUCUGUAGAAUACACCGAUAAGGUUGGUGAAGUUGCUAAAACCCACGGCUUGAAGCUUCAUAUCGACGGAGCUCGUAUUUUCAAUGCCUCCGCAGCGCUUGGGGUUCCUGUUGAUAGACUUGUGAGAGCUGCUGAUUCGGUUUCGGUAGGCCUAGCGAAAGGGAUAGGUGCUCCUGUUGGAUCAGUUAUUGUUGGUUCCAAGGCCUUCAUACACAAGGCUACAAUUCUUAGGAAGACACUAGGUGGUGGGAUAAGGCAGGUAGGAAUUCUUUGUGCUGCUGCCGAAGUUGCAGUCCGCGACACCGUCGGCAAGCUUGCGGACGAUCAUAGGAAGGCUAAAGUCUUAGCAGAUGGGCUGAAGAAAAUCGAACACUUUACAGUUGAUUUAGCUUCAGUGGAGACCAAUUUGGUGUUCUUUGAUAUGGCGGAUGCACGCAUAUCACCUGCCAAACUGUGUCAAGUCCUGGAACAGCGCAAUGUGCUUGCAACGCCAAUAGGCUCCAAGAGUGCCUGUGUAUAUUUAUGCUUCGUAUAUAACUUCAUUUUGAACUCCCCCAAUCUACAGCGUCAGACUUGCGGUACACUACCAAAUUUCAGAUGGUGACGUCCAGUAUACUUUGACAUGCAUCGAGGAAGCCGUGAAGGAAAUACUGACUGGCGAUGCGAAAUUGGAGCAUCUGACGAACAGCGCUGCCACGAAUUCAGAAGGGCGCUAGUAGCUAGCUUAGCUAGGCCACUUCCCUUUGCCGCCCACCUUACGUAUCCAUCGGUGCUGCUGUAUCCAGCUUGUUUGUGAUCGUGGCCGGCAUUGGCAGUGGUAACAACUUCCAAGAAUAUCUAUUGCCUUUUUAUGCAUGCGAUGUGCGUGUGAUUAUGUUGCGGAGCUUGCGACUAGGGAUAGUAACGAUGUAUAUUGGAUAAUUGCUUGCACCAUUCAUUAUGCCUGUUGCCAAUCUUUAUCGUUUCUGCCAGUAUUGUUUAUUUUUGAAACAAAGGCAAAAGUUUUG